AUGACUAGUGCUCAUGAAAAUAAUCUAAAGCAAGUUCUGAAAUCAAAUGAAUGUGAACCAACAAAUUUUAGAAAUAACUGUCACUCUUUCGUAAUACUAGAAAACUUAAAAUCUUUACGCAAAAAUGAAGUUGUAUGUGAUGUUAGAUUUAAAACAGAUGAUGGAAAAAUUGUAAUUGGUCAUAAAAAUGUUUUAAUAGCGGCUAGUCCAUAUUUCCGUGCAAUGUUUUGUAAUUUUGAUGAGAGCAAUGAAGAUCUUGUUAAAAUAAGAGAAUUAGAUUCCACCAUAUUACAACUAUUAGUGGAUUAUAUUUAUACUAGAGAAAUUAUGGUGACAAAAGAAAAUGUACAGGUGUUGUUAACAGCUGCAAACAUCUUACAGUUAGAUUUUGUAAGUGAUGCAUGUGUUGAGUUUUUACAAAAUCAUUUGGAUGCAUCAAAUUGUCUUGGUAUCAGAGCUUUAGCAGACUUACAUAAUUGUACGGAAUUGUUGUCGAGUUGUGAAGCAUACAUUAAACAACACUUUUUAGAAGUGGUUAAAGGUGAAGAUUUUCAAUCUGUAUCUUCUGAAGAUUUGGUAAAGCUUAUUUCCUGCAAUAACCUUGAGGUUCCAUCUGAAGAAAAAGUAUUUGAAUGUGUUAUUAAAUGGGUAACUCAUGAUUUGGAUCAGAGAAGAGAUUUUUUGGCAGAAUUAAUGGAACAUGUGCGUUUGCCAUUAUUAGAGCCUGAU